AUGGUUUCGAACAUUUGUCCUGUCGAUGGUGACAAUCAGUUCAAUAUUCGAGUCGAUAUCAAAUGUCGAGCAUUUGAUUUUACUCUGCUUUUUGAAGAUGCCAUUUUCAGUAUCUUGCCGUCACUCGCUUUCUUACUAUGGCUCAUCCCUCGACUCGAGAUCUUGCGACGGUCAGCCGUGAAGUCCAACUCCCUCAAAUUCGCAAUCUAUAAAUCGAUCCUACUGUUUGUGCUUUUCGUGCUGCAUAUCGUCUUUACUGUCUACCAAGUGCAAACCGUAGCACUACACACCAAGAUUUCGACUCCGGCGGCAGCGAUCAAUAUAGUCGCAACACUCGCAGCGAUUAUUCUGUCCUUUCUUGAAGAUCAACGAGCUAUCCAGCCGUCUGAUGCGCUCAUCGUUUAUUUUUCGACCUUGUCUAUUCUCUACAUACCUCACUUGCGCACAUUAUGGCUCAUCCCCUCCAUUCCAGUUCCCCGAGGACUGUUCACGGCUAUAUAUAUUAUUGUUGUCACGACUACUGUCCUGGAGUCUGCUCGGAAAGUCAACUUCAUCAAGCCACUCUACCAAAAUGUUGCGAUCGAAGAGAUCCACGGAUUCUGGGGACGCAACCUCUUUUUCUGGGUCCUUCCGCUCUUUCGGAACGCCUAUAAAUCCAUUAUCUGCCUGGAAGACCUGACAGAUAUAGACUCCAAGCUACUGGGACAAUGCGCAGAGGCGCGCCUGGCGCAAACCUGGUCCAACGGCCACGGGAAGUACCGACUGAUCAAAGCGACCUUCCGAGCAUACUAUCGGCCCCUUCUCUCCGCGAUCAUCCCGCGGAUUCUCCUCGCAGGAUUCACCUUCUGCCAGCCGUUUCUGCUUUCCGCCACAAUCGAGUGGAUGGGUUCCCCGAUGACCGCGGAGAGGCAGCGAUAUGGAAAUGCGCUGGUCGGGGCAUAUGCGCUCGUUUACACCGGAAUCGCCAUCUGCACAGCGAGCUACUACCGCCAGGCCAGCCGACUGGCGACCGUCGUACGGUCGGGUCUGAUUGCCAUGAUUCAUGAGCAAACUCUGGCGCUACGAAGUACAACCGGCUCAAAAACUGGGGACGCGGUCGCCCUCAUGGGCACGGAUACGACACGUAUCACAAUGAGCAUGCGGUUGCUGCAUGAGAUAUGGGCUUCUCUCAUCUCUGUGGUGAUUGCUAUUUGGCUGCUAGAGAGUCAAGUAUAUGUCGCUUGUGUGCUUCCGGCUGUCAUCGCCGUGGUAUGUAUUAUUGCCACUACUCCUGUUUCCGCUAAAUGCGGAGAGGCGCAGAAGAAGUGGGUGGGACAUAUCCAGGAACGCUUAGCAGCUACCACAGCAAUGCUGGGGGAUAUGAAAGCUGUCAAAAUGAUGGGACUCGAAGUCAUCUUGUUUAAUAUCAUUACUCGGUAUCGGAAGGUCGAGCUCAGUGCCUCUAGGCGAUUUCGAAAGCUUAUCGUGGGAAUCGUCAUACUAUCGUCUAUUUCCGUGGACCUUGCGCCGUAUUCGGUCUUUCUUGUGUAUACGAUUAUAGCUGUGACCAAGCACGAUGCGCAGAUCCUCACUACGCAGGCAUUUACAACACUUUCUCUUAUCUCCAUCUUGACAACGCCUCUGAUGGCGUUAAUCCAGGCGCUGCCCACAGUAACACAGUCUAUCGGCUGCUUCGACCGGAUUCAGAAUUAUUGCCUGCGAGAAAGAUCAAGUGAAUUGCCUCCUGCCCAGACGAAACCUGAAUUUUCGAUGGGUGAUAGUGUUGAGCUUUCCAAGCUUUCUGUGGCUGCCAAGGCCCUUGGGAUAUCAGCUUCGUCCGACAAAUUCGUGUCAUUCCAGAACGCAUCCAUAUCUUGGACAGCUGGAAGCCCUGCCGUUCUUCACGAUCUAACCCUGUCCAUUCCUACAGGUAAGAUUGUCAUGAUCGUGGGUUCGGUCGGGUGUGGAAAAUCUGCUCUCUUGGAUACCAUCAUGGGCCAGACUCAGAUUGAGAGUGGCACUAUGUACCAUGCCCCGGGAAAUAUAGCAUAUUGUCCGCAAACUCCUUGGAUUAUGAACAGCUCCAUCCAGGAUAACAUCACUGGCUGGACAGCACUAGAUCAGAAAUGGUAUGAUCUUACUAUCUCGGCUUGUGGACUCGUGGACGAUAUCAACAAAUUCCCCCAAGGAAGCAUGCACAUUGCUGGUAGUAGUGGAAUAAGUCUCAGCGGUGGGCAAAAACAGCGGGUGGCUCUUGCACGCGCAGUCUACUCCCGCCUCCCAAAUGUGCUUCUUGAUGAUACAUUCAGUGGACUAGAUGCACAAAAUACUCGCAUAGUGGGCGAGCGUCUAUUUGGACGUGAUGGAAUCUUGCGACGGACAAGUACAACCGUGGUUCUUGCGACUCAUACUCGAUCCCUACUUCCGUAUGCGGACGAAGUUAUUGUCCUCAAAACCGGUCGUAGAAUUCUGCAAGGCACAUACCAAGAACUGAUCGACCAGUUACCCGAGUAUACACAGUCCAGACUUGACGGCAAUGAUGACGCAGUGAACGCAGAAUCCAACGAAAUAACAGAACCCAACCCGCUGUCAAGGCAUGCAAGUAGCGAAAGAAGUGAAUCCGAAUCUACCGAGUUGAAGAAAAACCUGGCGAGGCGAGAUGGCAGCUGGUCUAUUUACAGCUACUACGCCCGAAAAGCAGGGCUCCUGCAAGUAGCCUUCUUUGCCUUAUUUUUGCUCGCGUACGGCUUCACCACUCAGUUCUCCUCAAUUUGGUUAGAAUGGUGGUCCAAUGCAAAUGAGACUGAUCCGAAUUCGCAUGUGGGAAAAUAUCUCGGGGUUUAUACAGUCAUUUCUCUGUUGGCUAUUUUUUCCCUCGGGGCCGGGUGCUGGAUGUUGAUCGUUGAGAUUGUUGGCAACACUUCCCUAGCUCUGCAUUCGGACCUAUUGCAAGCUGUUCUACGCGCGCCCUUCAGUUUCUUCCAGAAAACAGAUAGUGGAAGCAUUAUGAAUCGGUUUAGUCAAGACAUGGAGCUGAUCGACUUUGCGCUCCCUACCACCGCAUUAAACUUUGUGGAAGGCAAGCAUCUAAUCACUACACAUGAUCAAGGUUCUUUCAUUAACAUCAUUCAUCCAGCCUUCAGUCUAUGCGUCGUCAGCCUGGUCAUCCUAUGCGUGGUCGGCAAAUACAUUACCAUCGCGCUCCCAUUCAUGCUACUCGCGAUCUGGGUCCUCCAACACGGCUAUCUCCGGACUUCCCGCCAGGUCCGUCUUUUGGAUAUAGAAGCCAAGGCACUCCUGUUCUCCCACUUUCAAGAGACCGUCAGCGGACUAUCGGUAAUUCAGAGCUUGCAGUGGCAACCGGAGUUCCACCGGCAAUGCAUUGCUAAGCUCGAUGUCACCCAGAAGCCCUUCUACAUGUUGUACUGUAUAAGACAGGGUCUCAAGCUGGCGCUGGAUAUGCUAGUCAUGCUCCUCGCGGUUAUACUCGUCGCAGUGGUCACCUCCCUUAAGGACCGUUUCAGCGCCGGUGAAAUCGGAGUUGCACUGAACCUGAUUAUUUCUAUCAGUCAGAACCUGAACACCACCAUCGAGUCAUGGACGGAGAUGGAGAUCUCACUCGGUGCCGUGGCCCGCGUGCAAGAAUUUAUGAAGGAGACUCCCGUCGAAGCAUCAGAGGGGAUAGAAGCGGGCUGGCUGACGCGCGCAGAGAUCCGUUUCGAGAAUGUCUCCGCGGGAUAUAGGUUGCUGACAAUCUUUUCCUGGUCUGAUAGUCCUCGCGAUAAACCCGUUCUCUCAGACCUCUCCUUGAAAAUUCCCUGCGGCCAAAAGAUCGCCGUCUGCGGGCCUUCUGGCAGCGGCAAGACUUCCCUCAUCAUGGCCCUCUUGCGUAUGCUGGAACUCUCCCAGGGCCGCAUCACCAUAGACAACGUGGACAUCUCUACCAUCCACCCCGCCGCGCUCCGUUCACAGAUCACUGUCAUCCCACAGGACCCCUUCUUUCUCCCUGGUACGCUGCGUGAUAGCUUUGACCCUAGAGGCACCUUAUCAGAAGAGCAGAUUGUCACCGCUAUCAAGAAAGUGGGCCUAUGGGAGUCGCUCAGCGCAAAGGGCGGGCUGGAUGUGACUCUCGACGCGCUGGACUGGUCAUAUGGCGAAAAGCAACUGUUGGCACUAGCCCGGGCCUUGACCACCCCAAGCCCGCUGCUCAUCUUGGACGAGGCGACUAGCAGCGUUGACUGGGAAACCGAAGUCCGGAUGCUUGAGAUAAUCGAGCAGGAGUGUGCGGCGCAAACGGUGAUAGCCGUCGUGCAUAGGUUACGGCAUAUCGAGCGCUUUGAUAGCGUGGCGCUUCUGCAGAAUGGGUCACUGAUAGAGUUUGAUGCUCCUGGGGCAUUGUUGGGGCGCGAGUCAGAGUUUCGGAAGCUUUAUACUGCGUCGCAGAAAUGA